GGGCUCGUUAACGUGUCGGUUGUCUGACUGCCUCAGCACUAUGAGUCUUUUGCAAAAAGGAAGUUAUAUUCUUCCAAAAUCAUUCCAAUCCAACUGUGUGUUCUUUCGUUCUAUCGCUAAUGAAAAGAUACUACCUUCGUGCAUACCUGAAAAAUCCAUCGAGCUAUGCUUUUAUUGCAUAGAAGGAGAUGUAUGUCAACUCCAUCCAAAUCGUCGCAAAGUACAGACCGGAGUAAAUAGCUUUGCUGAUGAUGAAUUCAAGUUAGUCGAGAAAGAAGAGAUAAAAAACGUCUGCAAGAUAUCCGAAGGGGUGGAUGAGAAAGAGAACAUAUUUGUGAAAGAGGAUUAUUCUAAACGACUUGUUAAGACGAUACAGUCAAAAGAUAAUCCAUGCACUUCGCAAAAACAGAAGCCUGCUACAACUAAAAAAAUUCCUUCGGGUGAUCACUGCCAUCAGAAAAUCAUGUCCGUCAGCGAGAUUCCGAGAAAACGAUUCAGUCGAUUUCGAGAAAAAACCUUUGUUUGCGAUGUGUGUGAGGCGGCGUUCACCUUGAAGCAAAACGUACAAUCACAUCUGUUUAUCUACCAUGUACAAAAGGAUGGAUCUUUGAAACCCCAUACUCGGCUAAUGUACAAGUGCGACAACUGUGACAAGGUAUUCAAAUCUCCUCAUGCUGCGGACGUGCACUUCAAGAAGACUCAUAAAAAACCAGCUGUAAGGCCUCCGACUGACUGUGAAGAAUGUGGAAAACGUUUUGCAUCUGCGUUUCAGCUACGUGAACACAUAUCGAUUCAGCAUUUGAAAGAGCGCAAUUUUGUAUGCGAAGAAUGCGGGCAGAAAUUUGGCAGAAGAGGAGGAUUGAGACGUCAUGUCCAGAUGGUACAUCAGAAUCACCUUCAUAUGUGCCCGUAUGAAGGCUGUGAUCAUCCUGGCUACAAAUGUAGCAAGGCACUGACCGCCCACAUUCGUUCCGUGCACACAAAUGUUCGACCUUACGUAUGCGAGACGUGCCAGAAAGCCUUCGUGCGUCGUAACGACCUGAAAAUGCAUACACUGACGCACACCUCCGAAACCGCCUUCCACUGUGAAUGUGGCAGCAAAUUCCGUCGUCUCAUCUACCUCAAAAAGCACCAGAGGCUGUGCACAUCACGCGGUAAUGCAGUCGAAGUCAAGGAUGAACCCGCGGAUGGCUCUGCAGACAAGAAAAAUGCCGCUGGCGACAAAAACCUGUGAUUUCCCUCAGUGCAAGAGCUUUUCUCGUUUGUGAUGAUCUCGUGUUUUCUGCCCUUGUGAUGAUAGUAUCAUAUGGAAGUUAGCGUUAUUUAUGUCUUUUUCCGUUCCUUUUCGCCCAUCACGAUCUGAUAUUUGCGUGAUUAGCAAAGUCCACUGUGAUGAAAACGUGAUAGAUUGGCGUAGAGAAAUGUUCUGCCUUUCUUUGUAUCUAUACACUUACCAGAUGUCUUUGCAUAGAUCUUUCCUUUUCAAAAAAUUCCGGUGUUCUAUUUAGGCCUUGACUAUCCCUGUGGUCUCUGUUUUCUGUUGUUCUACGUACAAGAGGUAUAAAAAAUGAGUUUGGAUUUUUCUGG